AUGGAGCGGCUCCGCGCGGGGGGAUUCAUCGCGGCGGGCCUCGCGGAGUCGGGGGGCGCCAGCGAGCCAUGCCGCCCUCCGGCGUGCACGUGCGGCCGCCUGGCGCAGGCCAGUGCGGAGCCGAGCGCGCAGGCGGAGCCGAGCGCCAAGGCGGCCAGCUGCGACAGGGGCAAGCGCAGACGCGUCUGGAGGUUCCAGUUCAUGGGAGGGGGCAGCGGCAACAACCACCUCACGGCGCACCUGCUCAAGGGCAAGGCCGCCGAGGCCGCCGCCGAGGCGGAGGCAGGGGCGGAGGCCGCCUCGCAGUGGCCGCAGUCCGCCGACGAGGAGCUGGACGAGGCGGAGUCGCAGGCGCCGGAGGACGCCGUGGAGGCGGAGGACAGCCGCGAGCCCGCUGCCGAUGUUGCGGCGGGCUCGCUGGGCGAGGGCGUGGAGGACGCCGGCUCCGGCGGCGGCGCUGGCGCGCCCGCGGCCCAGUCCGCGGAGGGCGCCGCGAGCGACGCCGCCGCGGAGGGCGUUCGCGGGCGCUGA